UAAACGGCUUGCCAUACGGACUCCUCCUAUUACAACCUCACAUCAAAUACUGUAGAGAGAGAGAAGCUCGCCGGACCACAUUGGCAAACGCCAUACGCACUUUACGCUCGGUUUACUGUAACUGUAAAAUAUGGCAGAAGAAGAAGCUGGUAUUUUUGUUAACCAGGAGCAGUUCAGCUGUCCUAUCUGCAUGGAUCUCCUACGGGACCCCGUAACCAUUCCUUGCGGACACAACUACUGUAUGGAGUGCAUCAAGAGCUUCUGGGAGCAGAAGAGCCAGAGGAAGCUGUGCAGCUGUCCGGAGUGCAGACAGAGCUUCAACCCGAGACCUGCCCUCAACAAAAACACACUGUUCGCCGAAGUUGUCGAGAAGAUGAGACACACUGGGACCCGCUCACCUACUCUACCUGCUGCGGCCGGAGCUAAAGGUGACCAAGACACCGUCGGAGAAAAGCUCUGUGAAAAGUUAUGUGAGCAAGAGCUCAAGCAAUCCCAGAGGAGAUGCCAGCAGGUUAUAAGGCAGCGUGAGACGGAGCUACAGGAUCUGAGUCAGGCUGUAAUCUUGCUCAGGAGCUCUGCUCAAGAAGCAGUGGAGGCAACGGAGAAGAUCUUCAGCGAGCUCGUUCUUUCAAUCGAGGCUCUGUGUUUUGAGGUGACGGAGAUGAUCAAAGAGAAAGAGCAGGCGGAAUUGGAUGAAUCACAUGGAUUUAUGGAGAAACUAGAGCAGGAGAUCGCGGAGUUCAAGAGGAGAGAUGCUGAAUAUGACAGGCUUGCACAGCUUGAAGAUAAAACCCAAUUCCUGAAGGGUUAUGAAACGCUGUGCAGUCUGCCUGAGUUGCUGACCUCUCCUGCAGUUCUGGUUAAUCCAGACUUCUGUUUCGAGAUGGUGGCAAGAAAGCUCACGUACCUGAAUGAGGAAAUUAAAGACCUGUGCCAGAAGAAAUUGGUGAAAUUAUCAAAAAAAGUUACAAGACUCAAGUUCAUCCCAACACCUGAACCAAAAGUCAGAGAGCAGUUUUUGGAAUAUUCGGGCCCUCUAACACUCGACCUGAACACGGCUCACAAAAACCUCAUCAUCUGUCCAGAUAAUGUUCAGGCGACGUUCAGCAAGACUUAUCUAUCUGUCCCUGACCACCCAGAGCGUUUUGACGGCUACUACCAGGUCUUGUGCAGAGAGAGCGUGUCCGGACGGUGUUAUUUCGAGACCGAGUGGAGCGGAAAGGGUCCGGUUCACAUUGCAGUGUCCUACGAAGACAUCAGCAGGAAAGGAAAGAGCAGCCAGUGUGCAUUUGGACACAACGCUCAGUCCUGGAGUCUGGUGUGCUCCGAUGGCUCGUAUGCGUUCUGGCACAAUGGAAGAGAAACCAAAAUCCCCAAAACGCAGUGGGCUCACAGGGUUGGAGUUUACGUCGACCACUCUGCAGGGGUUUUGGCAUUUUACAACAUCACAGACUCAAUGAAUCUCAUCCACAGAAUCAGGGCUGCAUUCGCUCAGCCGUUGUAUCCAGGGUUUAGAAUUAACCCGGGGUCCAAUGUGAGUCUUUGCUAUCCACUUUAAUGACGCUUAAUCCUUGUUGGUACUACUGUAUACGCUUUUUUGGUAAGACUUUAUAAUAACUGCACACUAUGAAUCGUUUAUUAAGCAAUAGUAAAUAGCUAAUUAUUGACAAAUCAGUUUAUAAAUACAGCUACAGCUACUUGUAAAGACCAAGAGCGUAGGUUGCAAUUGACAUCGGUGGUGAGGAGUGAAUCUGGGUGGUGAAGUGGGAUAUAUAUAUAUAUAUAUAUAUAUAUAUAUAUAUAU